UGCUGGAGAAAACUCAAAACUAUAUACAGUAGCUCACAAUGUCACUUUCUCUGCACUAACUAUUACAAUAGCUAACUAGACAUUGCUGCCCUGCAGUUCUAAUUGUUCAUUGUUGAUUUGCUGCAAUUCAAUUCACAGCCCAUUCCAUCACCUGCCAUGAAAUACACCUUUCUUCUCUUCCUUUGCCUUGUAUCCUUUGUCACUUCUAGUGAGCACCAGUUUGUCUUCUCCGGCUUCACCGGCAGCAACCUCGUCCUUGAUGGUGCCGCCACCAUCACCGAAGAUGGGCUCCUUGAGCUCACCAAUGGCGCGAAUAAUAUCGAAGGCCAUGCGUUCUACCCAACUCCGUUGCGCUUUCGCAAGUCGCCAAACGACAUGGUACAAUCUUUCUCGGUUUCAUUUGCGUUCAGCAUCCUCCAAAAAUAUGCCAAUCGGAGCAACGAUGGCAUGGCCUUCUUCAUAGCACCAAGCAAGAACUUCUCUGAUGCAUCAUUGCCUGCACAAUAUUUGGGCCUCCUCAACAACCAAAACAAUGGCAAUAGAAGCAACGAUUUGUUCGCCGUCGAGCUCGACACCUUCCAAAACAAGGAGUUCCAAGACAUGGAUGACAACCAUGUAGGGAUCAAUGUCAACAGCAUGAAGUCCUUGGAUGCACACUAUGCUGGUUUCUAUGAAGACAGGAGUGGCAUCUUCAGGAACCUUACUCUUGUCAUCCAUGAGGCAAUGCAAGUUUGGUUUGAUUAUGAUGGUGAUGCCAAGAAGAUUAGUGUCACCUUGGCUCCUGCCAGAUUGGCCAAGCCCAAGAGACCUCUACUGUCUGUCACCUACGACCUCUCAACGGUGGUUGCAGAUUCAGCCUACAUCGGUUUCUCAGCUGCAACUGGAGGUGUAGUCAACACAAAACACUGUGUUCUUGGAUGGAGCUUUAGGAUGAAUGGCCCUGCUCAAGCUAUUGAUAUCUCCAGGUUGCCCAAGCUGCCAAAUCUUGGCAGCAAGAAGUCCCAUUCUUCUAGGAUCUUGGUAAUCAUAUCACCGGUGGCAACCGCUGUAUUGAUUUUCCUUGUUGGUGUUCUCCUUGUUCUCUGUGUACGGAGGCGACUCAAGUACACAGAGAUUCAAGAAGAUUGGGAGGUUGAGUUUGGUCCGCAUCGUUUCUCAUACAAGGUUCUGUAUGAUGCCACUGAAGGAUUUAAGGAUAAGAACUUACUUGGUGUCGGAGGAUUUGGGAAGGUGUAUAAGGGAGUGCUUCCGGUGUCUAAACGAGUGGUUGCCGUGAAGUGUGUUUCGCAUGAGUCGAGCCAAGGUAUGAAGGAGUUUGUUGCUGAGAUUGUCAGUAUCGGUCAACUUCGACACCGAAACCUUGUGCAGUUGCUCGGUUAUUGUAGGAGGAAAGGUGAACUCCUUCUGGUCUAUGACUAUAUGUCAAACGGUAGCCUUGACAACUAUUUGUAUUGUGAUUUGACCGAGCCAACAUUGGAUUGGGCACAGAGAUUUAACAUUGUCAAAGGUGUCACGUCAGGACUACUCUACCUCCAUGAGAAAUGGGGGAAGAUUGUAAUCCACCGAGAUAUCAAGGCAAGCAACGUGCUUCUUGAUAAAGAUAUGAAUGCACGAUUAGGUGACUUUGGCCUCUCAAGAUUAUAUGACCACGGAACCGACCCACAAACUACGCACCUGGUAGGCACAAUGGGGUACCUAGCCCCAGAGCUAGUGUUCACAGGCAAGGCAUCUCCUGCCACAGACAUAUUUGCCUUUGGCGUAUUCCUUCUCGAAGUCACUUGUGGACAAAGGCCACUCAACAACAAUCAACAAGAUAAUCAACCCCCAAUGCUGGUUGAUUGGGUCCUUGAGCACUGGCAGAAAGGAUUACUGCCUGAGACAGUAGACAAAAGAUUGCAGGGCAACUACAAUGUUGAUGAGGCAUGUCUAGUGCUGAAGCUAGGUCUAUUGUGUUCUCACCCAAUCGCCAUGGAAAGGCCUACCAUGAGUCAAGUCCAGAGAUACCUCGACGGCGACGCGCCGCUGCCAGAGUUGGCACCGUCGGAGCUGAAGUUCAACAUGGUGGCUCUCAUGCAGGGCCAAGGCUUCGACUCGUAUGUCUUGCCAUGUCUGUCUUUGUCGUCGGUGGUGAGCAUUGAAACCUCACCCGAGGUAGACGAUGACACUGCUAGUGUUUGAUGUUAUUGCAAAUUCAUGCUGUAAUUGGCAGGUUUGAUUUUUUUUAACUAUUGCAAAAUGGAUGCUAUGUUAUUAGUUACAAUCAAAUUGAAAUCAACUCUAGUUUUCCUCGGCUGUGAUUA